AGGGACAGAGUCGAGCUUUGCUGCAAGACAGCCGGGACUACAAGUCCUACAAUGCCGCAGGCUCCCUGGCUGGCCGUUCCUUUUGAAUGAUUUCACUGCGGUUUACAUUCCCAUCUAGUUUCGCAGGGCGCAUCAUGGUGUUAGGAGCUGCUGGACCGCUGGCGUGAUCGGCAGGCGCAGGAAACCUUCUCGUUUAAUGGCAGCCCUGGGAAACUGCACUGCAGGAGAGAGGAGGAUGGCAGGCCGGCGGCUGGCGUGGUUUUAAAGGCUGCGAAAGGGGGUUUGCCACCUCAGAUCCCUCCUUCUGCUCGCUCCCUGCCGCCAUUCCUGCCUCUUUUGCCCCGUCUGGAAAGCCCCCUCUCGCAGCCUUGCCCGCAAAGAUGUCUCUGGCCGUGGAAGAGGAAGACUACACCAAGCUGGUGAUGGAGUCGGAGCCCGAGUGGCUGCGCACUGAGGUCAAGCGGCUCUUCCAGGAGCUGGGCGAGACCACCCGGGAGAAGAUCCAGGCUGCUGAAUACGGUCUGGCCGUGCUGGAGGAGAAGCAGCAGCUGAAGCAGCAGUACGAGGAGCUGGAGCUGGAGUACGAGACCAUCCGCACUGAGAUGGACCAGCUGAAGGAGGCUUUUGGGCAGGCUCAUACCAACCACAAGAAAGUUGCAGCAGAUGGGGAGAGCAGGGAAGAGACCUUGAUUCAGGAAUCUGCCACAAAGGAAGAGUACUACAUGAAAAAAGUCAUGGAGCUGCAGACAGAGCUGAAACAGCUGCGGAACGUUCUUGCCAACACGCAGUCUGAAAACGAGCGCUUGAAUUUUGUCACCCAGGAACUGAGAGAGGCUAAUCAGAAUGUGGAGGUGCAAAGGGGCCGCUUGCGAGACGACAUUAAGGAGUACAAGUUCCGAGAAGCCCGCUUGCUGCAAGAUUACACUGAGCUUGAGGAGGAGAAUAUCUGCCUGCAGAAACAAGUGUCUGUUCUGAAACAGAAUCAGGUGGAGUUUGAAGGACUGAAGCAUGAAAUCAAGAGGCUUGAAGAAGUAACUGAAUUCCUCAACAGCCAGUUAGAAGAUGCCAUUCGGUUAAAAGAGAUAUCUGAACGCCAGCUUGAGGAGGCCUUGGAGACCCUGAAGACUGAACGUGAACAGAAGAAUAAUCUCCGCAAGGAGCUGUCCCACUAUAUGAAUAUCAAUGAUUCCAUGUACACCAGCCAGUUGAACAUCUCCUUGGAUGGAUUGAAGUUCAGUGAUGAAACUACAGAGCCCAAUAAUGAUGAAAUUGUGAAUGGCUUUGAACAGAACUGCCUGAGUAAAAUCAGUAAUGGCAACAAUAAAGCAUCCGUGCCGAAGAAAAAUGAAAGCUUCCCUCCAGCCCCUAGCCUUGUGUCUGACCUUUUAAGUGAGCUCAAUAUAUCUGAAAUCCAAAAGCUGAAACAGCAGCUUAUUCAGAUGGAAAGGGAAAAGAUGAAUUUGUUGUCCACACUUCAAGAGUCUCAGAAACAGCUGGAAAAUACCCGGGGAGCUCUUUCGGAGCAACGGGAGAAAGUUGGCAGGCUCACAGAGAACCUGAAUGCCAUGAAGAAGCUCCAGGCCAGCAAGGAACGCCAGUCAGCUCUUGACAAUGAAAAGGAACGUGACAGCCAUGAAGAUGGAGAUUAUUAUGAGGUUGACAUCAAUGGCCCAGAGAUUCUAGAAUGCAAGUAUAAAGUGGCUGUGGCAGAGAUCAGCGACUUGAAAGAAGAGCUUAAAGUCCUUAAGGCCAGAUAUGAGGAAUGUGAAUCCAAGUAUGAAGAGGAGAAGAAUAAGUAUGAGACAGAAACUCAAGCUCUGACAGAAAAGAUCACCUCACUGGAAAAAUCUAGUAGACAAGACAGGGAUCAGGUAGUCAGAUUGGAGAAAGAACUCAAGAAAGUCAGUGAUGUUGCUGGGGAAACCCAAGGCAGUCUCACUGUUGCCCAGGAUGAACUGGUCACCUUCAGUGAAGAGCUAGCUAACCUGUACCAUCAUGUUUGUAUGUGCAACAAUGAAACUCCAAACCGGGUGAUGCUGGAUUACUACAAAGAGGGUAAAGGAGGACGCACCAGUCCAGAGGGCAAAGGCCGUCGGUCACCAAUCCUGCUCUCCAAAGGCUUGUUGUCCAUAGAUUUAGGAAAAUCAGAGAAUGCGAGUAGUGACAGCAGUCCAUCACCAGUGUCAUCUCUCCCAUCACCAGUGUCAGAUCCUAGGAAGGAACCAAUGAACAUUUACAAUCUGAUUGCCAUCAUUCGUGACCAGAUAAAGCAUCUUCAGGCUGCUGUAGAUAGAACAACAGAGUUGUCCAGGCAGCGGGUGACUACACAAGAACUUGGGCCAGUAGUAGACAAAGACAAAGAAGCUCUUAUGGAGGAAAUCUUGAAACUGAAGUCUCUGUUGAGCACCAAAAGAGAGCAAAUAGCAACUCUGAGAACUGUGCUAAAGGCCAACAAGCAGACUGCAGAAGUCGCCCUUGCAAACUUAAAAAGCAAAUAUGAAAAUGAAAAGGCCAUGGUUACAGAAACCAUGAUGAAACUCCGCAAUGAACUGAAGGCUUUAAAAGAAGAUGCUGCUACCUUCUCAUCACUGAGGGCUAUGUUUGCUACAAGAUGCGAUGAGUAUGUAACCCAGCUGGAUGAAAUGCAACGCCAGCUUGCUGCAGCUGAAGAUGAGAAGAAGACACUGAACUCCUUGCUCCGCAUGGCUAUUCAGCAAAAGCUGGCCUUGACCCAGCGCCUUGAGCAUCUUGAGCUGGAUCAUGAGCAAUCCAAAAGGGUGCGCACAAAAUCCACUUCCAAAGCCAAGAGUAGUAAUCCCAGUGUAAGUCAUAUACGAUCCUGCGGAGAAAGAUCUGAAGGGUCUGUGCUCAAUAACCAGGUCUUUUGCAGUGAGAAAUAUAAGAUCUGUUGCGAUUAAGGAGGCAAAUAGAAAGUGAUAAAUAUGUAUCUAACGUUUGUGCUGUUCAGUGUCAGCAUAAAUCCCCACUAUUUUAAUGUUGCAGUGAUGAGUGGAUUUGUACUAGUAUGUUGUUAAACCAUGUAAUACAGGUUGUAUUAUAGUGGUCUUAACUGUAACUGAUUCUCAAGCAUGGAGCAGGGGUAAUGCUGUUAACAAGUUAAGCAGUGGGAAAGUUCUUCCACGAGGCGCGAGUAUGGUUUUGCUGUCUUAUGGGUAAGUGUUAAAACUGCACACCUGCUGUAUGGCAUCUGGUGUUAUUAACUGUAGCUCGAAUAGCAUAAUGUGAUCUUUUCCCCUGGGUUAGAAGCAUGCUUCAUGGUGGAGAAAGUUUCUCUGGCAAAAAAAAAAGCAUCUCUUUGUCUAAUAUGUUUGGGAAGUGGUGAAAUGUGUCACUCACAAUUAGAUGCAUGACCUGGGUAUGGAGAGACAUUUAAAACCAAGCGUAAAUUGCUGUGGUGGCAGUGAGCUGCUUCACAUUAUCACUGCUUAGCAAAGUCCAGAAGUUUUCUUCUAAGCUGGAAAAGCCAGAAAAACUUAAAGAGAGGAGGGUAAAUUUUGAGAUCCUCUGAAAUUUUAAAUUUUCUACUUGGCUUCAAUGGAUUAACCUAUAGAACAUACACAAGGUAUGCAAUAUUAUUCGUUCUGGAGCGAAAGAUCAUGCUAAAAGAAAACAAAAUUAGGAUUUCAGCACUUCAGAAAAGUUGUGUAGUGGGACAGUAACAGCUACUGCAAAGAUUUCAGUAGUAUGUUGUUUCUGGCUGCCUAACACUCUAGGAAGAAGAUACGUUACACACCGGGCACUAUUUAGCCAAAGUUUAGCUCCAGGUAUCUCGAUUUCAGUUAGAGAGUUAAAGAUAAGCUGAACUGUCUCUGAUUGCCGUCAGUGGUCUUCAGAGUGUUCAAUAUUGUGCCCAUCAUUAUGCUAUCUACACAAUAUAUGUGUACACACAUAAUAGGAAUAUAUUCUAGUAUUGUCAAGUUGCAAUGCGGUUCCUCUUACCUGUCAGUAUUAAAGCUUGGUAGGAUAGCAUUACAGAGCUCUGACUUUGUUUAAGCAAAACAAAACAAAAAAUUACUGCAUUUCUUAUGCAAGCACAUCUUUCACAGGGCUCUACAUUCUAGGCACAGACAAACAACCAGUUUAUUAUUGCUGAUACAUAAUUAUGAAGUAGUUUAGAUAUAUGGUUUUUUUUGAAAAAACAAACAAACCUUAGUCCACUAUUGAACUUUUAAGGGGCCUUUUUAGCCACUUAAUUUCAAUAUGUUGUUAAUAAGAAUAAUAAAAAGUGUACUUCAUAAUUGGUGCCUAUAAAACAGUAAUGAUACAAGACUGGGGGGAAAUGAUGCUUUUAACAUUGUGAUAAAUUUAAAAGAGCACAAUAAGGCAUAUUUCUUUGAAAAAGGAACAAAACAAAAAGAUUCAAAAGUGCCUAGUCUCAAACUUCAUUUUAAUGUAAAGCCCUGUUCAUUUUGUACUCUUUUCAAAUAACGCUGUGUGGUUAGAAUAUGAGUAGGAGGUAAUGCAGGACUACACAGCUGAGUCCACUGAUAGUCAUGCAUUCCUGCCUUCCCCUCUCCCGCCAAGCCACACUAAUAGUAAUCUUGGUGUUGUUCUGCCUCAUCUCACAUUACUAUUUCUUUUGUAGAUGAUCAGCAGCUUGCUUCCUCUGUAUUGCCGCUCUGCCUAUAAAGUAGUUAGGAGGUAUAGCAAUGUUACUGUUAGGUAAUAAGGGGAACACUGCCUGUUUUCCCAGCAGAGGGAACCACGUGGUCCUUGGACCUCUCAAGAAAUUGGGAGCCCCUAAAAAAAUUUGCAAAAAGAAACCUGAGACUGUCACAUCUAGAAAUAGAAAAUCAUAACUGCUGGUGUUUACAAUUUUGAAAAUUGCGAAUUGUCUGGGUCUAAUACAUUACUGAAGAGUCAAUUAAUGUGAGAGAAUUGGUUUUUUUUAAAAAAAUUAGUGUCAGAAUGGCAAGUUCAGUAUGCCUCAUUUAUUACUGCCUUUGCAGGAAACACUGUAUUCUCUGGAAUUUGAGCUUUAAUAUUGCUAUGUAGCAGGUUUUGAUGUUUUUAGAAGCAGAAUACCUUUUAACAAUGUUCAAUCCUGCUUUGUUCCUCUUUGCUGCACAAUAACCCAAAAGGCCUUUUUAACUUCCUUCCCCUCCCCUAAUUCUUGCAUUGUAAGUGAAUUUUUACAAAAUGCCUGCAGGAGGGGGAAAAAAAACCUAGGCAUUUAGAAUGCUAUGCUGUUUUGCUCCAUUUGAAGCAACCAUCUCUUUUGCUUCCAAGUUAAUGGGGAGCUGUUAAUACAAUGCUAAUUGUAUCCCUUUUCCCUGGUGGUGCUCAUAAACAGAAUACUCACAGGAAAAAGGAAGUUUUAAGAAAUUGAUUACAUUGGCAAGUUUUGAAGUUAAUUGAAAAAAAGGAAUUGGGACGUGUCAGUGUUGUUCAAGGGUAUCGAUGUCUUAGUCGUUGAUAUGUGAGUUUGCCACGGGUUCACUUAUGGUUUUCAUUGUCAUUUCUAUAUUCUUUUUACAAAAAUGGGUAUAGUCAACUGCUCUAUUUGCACCAUUUAUGUCUGGAACUUUGACAAGCAGCCAUCAUUGAUUACACCACUGCUUCACUCUUAAUGUUUGGGGCAGAUGUACAGGUCCAACUGGUUUUAAUCUUCGGUAGAAAGAGAAAGUCAGAAUAAUCUCAAAAGGUGAAUUGCUGCUUGGAUCCCAGAUGUUCAGAGUGUGUAAGGGUUGUCAGCUUCCUAAAACUAACUUCUGUUAAGAGAGAGAUGUGUAUGUAUGUGUGUAUGCAAACGCACACACACUCAUAUAUAAAGUUUCUGCCUUUGUUGAGUUGGAAUGCAGCAUGGAAAAAUUCCUAAGCCAUCACCUACCUCUGCAAGCAGGACUUCUCUCAUGAAUGAUUUACUAUCCUCUGCAUUGGCUGGCAUGAUACACUGACCUGCAUGUUUCUGGAGAGCCUAAAGCUUCAUGGAUAACUUCUCUUGCUUACUCAGUGCUGUCUACUUUUUGCUUGAGCAGCAUAGCUUAAUUCAGGACUUGUAAGAAACUUUCUUCCUGCACAGCUUUUGUUAACUGGCAAGUGCGUCGAAGCAUUGUUUCAGAUGCUUGGAAAGCACACUCAAACUAAGAUGGCUGCCUGACCUUUGAAGACUAACAGCCCCUCAGCUGACUAAUAUGCUAUGGAUUUUUAGUUCUUAAACUGAAGCAUAAUGACCAAGCUUUUUGAAAAAUUUCUAAUGUUAUUAUUUUUUUUUUUACUUUCCACUUUUCAGCUGUAGAGUAGUUCCUGGAGGAGGCCAACUUCGUUUCUUAGCCUGGGUCGAUAUGGUUAGAAGCAUGUUGCACAAAGAAUGGAAACCACUGAUAAUGAACCUCCCUCCCUCCCCCCCUCCCCCCCCCCCAAAAGCAAAGCCACACAAUUUUCAAUCUGCUUUCUGCUUGGGUUUUUUAAAAAUUCUUUUUGUGGCAUAUUAUGUCUGGAUACAAACAAACAAAAAGUUUUAUACAUUUAAGUGCUGCUGCAGGAAGAAAACUUACAAAUGCUGAAGAAACUGACUUCAUAAUGUAAUAAUUGUCACGGUGGCUUACUCUGGCCUGCUAGAAAUGUUCAGUUGGGUAUUUUGUUUCCUUAGAGCAUUCAUAAAAAGUCUGAUUGUUUCAACCUGUGCACUUUUAAUAUUUUGAUAUUUACUUUCUUUUUAUUCUUUUUGUAGAAGAGUUUAUAUAUUUUAAAAAAAUCCAGUGAUUUAUGCUAAUAAUCUCCAUCCAGUUUGGACUUGUGCUUGAUGGUUUUUAUUGUUUUCAGUUUGCAUGUGGCAGAGUUAUAUAUUGGUUUUGCUCUAAACUGUGUUUAAGAAAACAACUUCAAUACAAACUAUGUGUUCUGUUAAAGUAUAUAUGUGCUGUGAAUCAGCAACUUGCUUUCUUUUUUCAUUUUUAAUUAUAAAAUGUUAAGCUUUAUCUGUUCUUAAAUUACUGAUUUUAACUGCCAUGUUAAUUGAGAAAUCCAGGGUAUUCAAAUUCUGGGGUUUUUUCAUAUUGUAUUAUUAUUCUUAGGAAUAGUUCAAUGUAACAAGAAGAAAACUUGACUUUGCUCUGGUUAAAACAGUUAUAGGCACUUGAAAAAAAUUAGUGUUACCUAUAAAUUCCAGAAUGUCUGGGUUUUAGGAAGAUGUUACAGCGUAUGAUCGGUUAACAGAAUUUUAUACAACAAUACCACUUAAAUUCCAAAUUGGAAUUGUUUUGUUACUACUUUGUUUUAUUGUGCCAAAUUGUGGUACAGUUGAGGAAGACAAAUUCUAAAAUUGUCCGUAAUAGGGUGUUCUAUUUCAGCGCCUUUGUGUUGUUUAAUUGUUGCCAGUAGUGCCUUUCAUAAUUUUAAGGGAGAGUGUAGGCUAGUUUAGUCUGUCCAAGAAGAAAGUAAACAGUGGUUUUGGAACCAAGGGAUCCAUGUGGAGCAAUAAGUGCAAAGCGAACUCCCCUAUCGCACAUUUUUUAAUGGCUAGACCGAUUAUAGAGGUGAAAUAUGCGCAAAUUGUAAAAAAUUCUGUUAGUCAAUGAUACUUCAUCCCGCAAAUCCUUGCAAAUUCAGGGGCAUAACAGAAAAACAAAUAUUAAACAAAACCUGAUUUAUACUUUGUGAACCAAAUGGAUUUUAUUGAACAAAAUAAUAAGCAAGAUGUAUUAACACAUUUGUGGUUGCAGUACGGAGGAUGUUUUGGGACUUUUGGUGUUUUGGUAGCUUUGUAAGGUGGUGGUUCCAGUUUAACCAUAGUAUUGUUUGCAAGAAGAAGAGGACAAUAUUUAAUAUUUUUCUCUUGCAUGUUGUAUCUAAUUGUAAUUUCAGGAAACAGAAACAUGUGCAUCAACAAGAUGUACCUGCUAGUCAUGGUGCUAUUUGUUGAAGCUACUUGGAAUGAUUAAAUUGGUACUUUAAAAAAAUUGUAAUAAUAAUUCAUGGGGAAAAGCUUUCUGUUUGCUGGAAAAAAAACCCUUUAUAAUUCCUAGAAGUGGGGACUUAUAUUUUCAUCUUUUGGUUACAGUAUUGACGCAUAUUAUGUUUAAGAUUACAUCUCUAUGUGGGUAUUUAUUUGAAAUGUCAAAGUACUGUAUUAUGUUUUUAUGUGCAUUACCUUUUAGUGGUGGAUUGGUCUCCAUUUUAUUGUUAUAUGCAUGUACCCUUUGCCAAGUAACCUUUACACAGACCUAGAAAAAUGUGGAUGUAAUUGCUUAAAAGGAAGACAUGAAAGCUGAUUAAGGGGUGUUCUGUGUUAAUUUAAUAACUUUAGGUUGUAUAGAGGGCAAAAAUAUGUUAAUUCCAAAUUAAUCCAAAAAGAGCGCGGGUUGUGUAGGAAAGCAAUCUACCUGCGUAAAGGUAGUCACAUUGGCAGUAUCAAUAAAGGAGAAAGAAGAGAUUA